CCGGGACUCUGGGAACUGAAGCCAGAGGAGGGGUGUGACCUCACUGUUCCAAAACCUUUCCUCACCUGUAGAGGCUCCAUAAAUACUCCCCCUCCUCCUCCUGAGAGACACUUCAGUCCUGAGGGACAGACACAGAGACCAUCUCGGCUUCCAGGGUGGACCUGGUCUGGGUGGAUUAUGAACGCUUUUGGACACCAAGCACCGUCCAACUCUCAGAGCAGCCCCAUCCAGCCCCACAGCGCGCAGGAGCUCCUGGACAUGGCGGUUUACUGCGACAACUACAGCGUUUACCAGCAGAACCUGCACCCCCACCACCACCCGCAGAGGCCGCCGGCUCCCUCCUCCAGCUACGGCCUCGGAGACUACACCCCCGCGUCCUCGAACCCCUACCUGUGGCUGAACGGCGCCGGCAUCAACACCAACCCCUACCUCCCCGGAAACAACCACAGCGCGUCUUACGGCCUCCAGUCCGGGUACGGGUCGAACCAGAGGCAGUACCUGCCGCCUCCCAGCGGGUUCGGGGGCGCGGACCUGGGCUGGCUGUCCUUAUCCAGCCAGCAGGAGCUCUUCAAGAUGGUCCGACCUCCUUAUUCCUACUCGGCGCUCAUCGCCAUGGCCAUCCAGAACGCGCAGGACAAGAAGCUGACCCUGAGUCAGAUUUAUCAGUACGUCGCUGACAACUUUCCUUUUUACAAGAAGAGCAAAGCUGGAUGGCAGAACUCCAUCCGCCACAACUUGUCCCUGAACGACUGCUUUAAGAAAGUGGCGCGGGAUGAAGAUGACCCCGGUAAGGGCAACUACUGGACUCUGGACCCGAACUGCGAGAAGAUGUUCGACAACGGGAACUUCAGGCGCAAGAGGAAGAGGAGAGCGGACGUGAGCGCGGCGGAGGGCGGCGGCGCUCCCGCGGUGAAGUCCGAGGACAAGCUGCUGUCCUCCCCGGCCAGCCUGCUGAGCUCCUCCCCGGCCAGCCUGCACGGCUCCCCGGCCUCCACGGAGCCCAAGUCGUCGCCGCCUCCCUCCGCGGAGCACAGCCCGUGUUUCGGCAGCUUCGUGUCCAGCGUGAACUCGCUGCUGGGGGGCAUCGGGGAGCGGGACCACCAGCUCCUCCAUCACCAGCAGCAGCAGCACCAGGGCCCAGGGGCGUCGCAGAGCAGGGAGACCACCGGACUGGGUUCCUACUCGCCCACUUUAAUCCCUGACAACAGGAUGAACUGUUACAGCUCGGUGCAGAGCAUCUCCAACCACUUCAGCGUCAAYAACCUCAUCUACACCCGGGAGGGGACAGAGGUCUAAGACCCCGGUUCUGCUUCUGAUUCUGGGGCCUCCCACUGGAAAUAAAGCAGCUCAUUUUCACUCUGCUGCGUGUGUUUUGGUGAAAAAACACAACCAAAUCACACCAACCUGAGUGUUUUUCAUAAAAAAUGCUCAUAUGGAGUGACUUUUGUCUCCAAAUGAAGACAUCAAUGUACAGAAAUUAUUUUCCUAAGAAGAAACGUGACAUGUAUGUAAGACUGGACUGUUUUAUUUAAACUCAGCUGAAUUGUUUUGUAAUAAAAGCCAUUUAUUUACCCUUAAA